AUGACGGUGAUGCAAAAAUACAAAUACCCGAAGAUCUUCUCAUCAAAGACUCAUCAGAUCCCAUUAAUAGAGUUUGUAUAUCCGUAUAUUCUAGAUCAUUUCAAUGAUGAAAAUUUCUUCCAUCAAAGAGCAAUCCUGGCUCCAAAAAAUGAUGUUGUUCAAGAAAUUAACGACCGGUUGCUCUCAGUUUUUCCUGAAGAAGAAAAGCAAUAUCUAAGUUCAGAUAGUAUAUGUCCAACAGAAAUGGUUAAUGAGAAUUUAGAUGACAGUUUAUGCUCACCGAAUAUUCUUAAUGGAAUUAAAGCUUCAGGUUUGCCCAACCAUAGGUUAGUGUUGAAGGUAGGUGUUCCGGUUAUGCUUCUUAGAAAUAUUGAUCAAAAAAGUGGACUGUGUAACGGAACUCGAUUAAAGGCGGUCUAUUUGGGUCAGCGUGUUAUACAGGUAGAGAUUAUAUCCGGAAGUCACAUUGGAGAUCGUCAUUAUAUUCCUAGAAUUACAUUGAUACCUAGAGGCAAAAAAAACUUCACAUUAAGGUACAAAGAAGACAAUCCACGCUUGCGGUAUCUUUUGCAAUGA